AUGGACACAGCUAAGGAAGACACAGGGACACGACACAGGGACACGACACAGGGACACGACACAGGGACACGACACAGGGACACGACACAGGGACACGACACAGGGACACGACACAGGGACACGACACAGGGACACGACACAGGGACACGACACAGGAACAAGACACAGGAACAAGACACAGGAACAAGACACAGGAACAAGACACAGGGACAAGACACAGGGACAAGACACAGGGACAAGACACAGGGACAAGACACAGGGACACGACACAGGGACACGACACAGGGACACGACACAGGGACACGACACAGGAACAAGACACAGGAACAAGACACAGGAACAAGACACAGGAACAAGACACAGGGACAAGACACAGGGACAAGACACAGGGACAAGACACAGGGACAAGACACAGGGACACGACACAGGGACACGACACAGGAACAAGACACAGGAACAAGACACAGGAACAAGACACAGGAACAAGACACAGGAACAAGACACAGGAACAAGACACAGGGACAAGACACAGGGACAAGAAACAGGGACAAGACACAGGGACAAGACACAGGAACAAGACACAGGAACAAGACACAGGAACAAGACACAGGGACAAGACACAGGAACAAGACACAGGGACAAGACACAGGGACAAGACACAGGGACAAGACACAGGAACAAGACACAGGACCAAGACACAGGAACAAGACACAGGACCAAGACACAGAAACAAGACACAGGAACAAGACACAGGACCAAGACACAGGACCAAGACACAGGGACAAGACACAGGGACACGACACAGGGACACGACACAGGGACAAGACACAUGCCCCAGACGACAACAGGCGGAUACAUGGAUGUGUGUAA